AUACAGCAGCGGAAACGGGGGAGAAGUAGCUAGAAAACAAAAGAGAACACGCAGUCGUCCUCGCUAUUUGGUAUGCUCUUGAAGAACCAAUAGUGGGACAAUGUGAUGGAAAACAUUGAACAGACAAGGCGAGGUGUUAUAGGAAUGCCCAAGGAAAAAUAUGACCCGCCGGAUCCGAGGCGGAUGUACACAAUUAUGUCCAGCGAGGAGGCAGCCAAUGGGAAGAAGUCGUACUGGGCUGAGCUGGAAAUUAGUGGUCGAGUGAGGAGUCUCAGCACAGCUCUGUGGUCUCUUACCCAUCUCACUGCCCUGCACCUCAGUGACAACUCCUUGUCACGCAUCCCGCCAGACAUUGCCAAACUACACAACCUGGUGUACCUGGAUCUCUCAUCCAAUAAGAUCAGGAGCCUGCCGGCUGAGCUCGGCAACAUGGUGUCUCUCAGGGAACUGCUUUUAAAUAACAACCAGUUGCGGGUUCUACCAUUUGAAUUGGGAAAACUAUUUCAGUUACAAACACUGGGGUUGAAAGGAAACCCACUUGCACAAGAAAUUAUGAGCCUCUAUCAGGAGCCUGACGGCACACGGAGACUGCUCAACUACUUGUUAGACAAUCUGGCAGGAGCGAUAAAGCGCAUACCAACAGAGCAGCCCCCAGCUCGGUCGUGGAUUUCACUGCAGGAGCCUGACCGGACGCGAGCGUCAGCUCUGUUUUCAGUGAUGUGCUACAAUGUGCUAUGUGACAAGUACGCCACCCGUCAACUAUAUGGCUACUGUCCGUCUUGGGCUCUAAACUGGGAAUACAGAAAGAAGUCCAUCAUGCAGGAGAUCCUCAGCUGCAAUUCAGAUAUCAUCAGUUUGCAGGAAGUAGAGACCGAGCAGUACUACAACUUCUUUUUGCCGGAGCUGAAGGAGCAGGGCUAUGAUGGGUUCUUCAGUCCAAAGUCUCGAGCCAGGACGAUGUCAGAGUCAGACCGGAAACAUGUGGACGGCUGCGCCAUUUUCUACAAGACGGAAAAGUUCAGUGCAGUGCAGAAACACACGGUGGAGUUUAACCAGCUGGCCAUGGCAAACUCCGAGGGCUCUGAGGCUAUGCUCAACAGAGUCAUGACGAAGGAUAAUAUCGGGGUGGCUGUGCUGCUCGAAGUACACAAAGAGAUGAUGGAGGUCUCCUCCGGAAAAUCCCUCCAUGGCAUGGAGAAGCAGCUGCUCCUGGUGGCCAAUGCUCACAUGCACUGGGACCCCGAGUUCUCGGACGUCAAACUGGUCCAGACCAUGAUGUUCCUGUCAGAGGUGAAGAACAUUGUGGACAAGGCCACACGCAGUCUCAAGUUAUCGUCCGUCUCUGGAGAAACCAAUGCCAUUCCCCUGGUGCUGUGCGCUGACCUCAACUCCCUCCCAGACUCUGGUGUGGUGGAGUACCUGAGCUCUGGAGGAGUGGACUGCACUCACAAGGACUUCAAGGAGCUGCGUUACAGCGACAGUUUGACCAAAUUUAACUGCAAUGGCAAGAACAGCACGUCCAACGGCAGGAUCACCCACGGCUUCAAGCUAAAGAGCGCCUAUGAGAACGGUCUGAUGCCUUACACCAACUACACCUUUGACUUUAAGGGUGUCAUCGACUACAUUUUCUACUCCAAGCCUCACCUGAACGUGCUGGGGAUCCUGGGCCCCCUGGACCCCCACUGGCUGGUUGAGAACAAUGUGACCGGGUGCCCGCACCCCCACAUCCCCUCUGACCACUUCUCCCUUUUCGCCCAACUGGAGCUGCUCCUGCCCAAUGCGCCCCCACAGGUCAAUGGGCUGCACCUGCCUGCGCGCAGGUAGUGAGUCCCUGCCACACCACCAGAGGGAGCCGCCACCACAGCCGCUCUGUUUUUAAUCUUCUCCCUCCCACUACCAGCUCUCCCCCACCACACUGGAGGGACGACGAAACACAACCUGUAAAAUAAACGUUCAGUGAGGUCUGGCCGACAGGGAUUUCGUAUAAUGUUAUAGAUAUUCUAUAUUUUUCUUUAUCCUUUCUCCUGUUUUUAUUUUUAACUGCUCAAUUCAGUCAGUGUUUGUAUCAAAUUUUGUGUUGCAAAUCCCCUUUUUUUUAUCAAAUCCUCCACCUUCUUUGUCAUUAUCUUUUUAAUCUAAGCAGACGGUAGCUCAUUUAGUUUGUCACACACAAAGGUUGUUUAGUGCAAGAGAAACCAAGGCUUUAUUGGCACUGAAAGGCGAGCUACUCUCUAACCAGCAAAGACUGCACACAGUUUCAGACUUCUUUGAUCAGCACUGGGCCCUAAGAUGGCCACAGAGUUGUGUGUCUCUGAUGUGAGCGCUUUAGAGCAGCUUCGACCAGUCAUGGGAGGCCAUGUUUCCUGCUGUCAUUCUGUGGUGCUUCGGUCUCCUUUGGUGCUACAAGAAUUUACAACUGUCCAAUGUCCCUUGUAGUGUGGAGUUUUAAGAGGAUGUGAGACAAAUAGUGCAGCUACCGUCCUGUUUGCAGACUGUUUCGCCCCGACUCGUAGUGAACACAAGGCUAGUCUAGUGUUAGGAGCUUACAUGGCCCACAUCACCUUUAGGCAGGGCAACUAGGCUGAAGGGAGAGAGAUUGGGGGGGCACCUUUCCCACUAAUCUUUCCUUUUAUUUGAAUGCUUUUAAGAGAGCGUCUAAUGGCUGAGACACAGGAGUAAAACCAGCAUUCCUCUCACUGUCCUCCCACACAUGAACAUACACACACACUAACACACACGUGCUAACACACAGCUAAUUCGUAGACAGAUUUGUAGCACUGUCUCAAAGGCCAGUAGUGACUUUCCCCAGCCAUAAACCCCAUAUACAAAAACAGUGGUUUUUCACAAGUGUUUGUACAGAAUAGGAAUCUCGACUCAGUCUUUACAUGAUUGUAUAUGAACCACAAAAGACCUGUUUUCUGGCGUUUUUUGUACUAAGAGUAAAUUAUGAUCAGAUUUGAAAAAAGAUUGUAUUGUAAACUAUGGCUAAAUUUUUAUCCAGUUAAUGUUGAGAUGAAUUGAUAUUACCAGCUUGUACAAAAGACGUAAGAAAAGGUUGUUCGAGGCGUUUACUGUCACUACUUUGCACUCCCCUGAGAUUAACUGUAAUUAAUGUAUUUGAUUUGGCCCUUCUCUGCUCAUUUGUUUUCGGCACAUCGCUGCGAUUGUAAAUAGACACUGAGUGAAGUUGGCCUGUUGCUUGUUGCCCAUUAACAAAGUCAUUGAUCCGCGCUGCUGCCAUCACAUUUGAACACACCCGACUAAAGGCAGCCCACAUCUGUUCUCAAAUCCCACUUGUACAAACCAACAUCGUGCCUCACUGUAGCAGUUGUUGUUGUCUUGCACUAUUUACACUCGAAGAACGCCUGAACAACCUUUUCUCCUUUUAUUUUUAAAUACUGUUGACACAUUUGAAGAUUUUAUGUCCUUUGUUUUUGUUAAGUUCCUUUUUUAUGAGCUAUGACAAUGUCAUGAUGAUGUGUAUAAUCCUCCUUCUCAUUCAGCUCUAUAGUAUUCAGGUAUGCGUUCCCCUUUGCCCCUUCCUCAUCCCCUGUUGGGACAUGAGUGGUCGUCUGUUCUCAAAUCACUGUCUUGAGUUACACCAGUUUAGUAUCAGCACAGCUUUCUGUUCAGACCCUCUGCUCCAUCUGCCCCCGCCCCACCCACCUGUAACCUCCUGACCUCAGACUAACCUCCAUGAUCAGACUUAAGCUGUGUUUUGAACCCUCUGCCCCUGUGUACAGCUCCGUAUCACUGCAGUUAUAGUGCCAUUGAUGGACCUACCUUUGUCCCACUGAAGGUGGAAGUCCCACUUUGCUUUUAGACACAUGAGAAAAGGGGCGGAGACUCAGCUGAUGCUGUGAUACAUUCGUCACAUCUCAAAGCCGUGAGACAAGCCUCAACUCUUAUUCAGGCAGCCAUGUUUGAACAUGGACCACACACUGAGCACUUAGGCCCAGCUGAGCCCCCCUGUCCUGCCUCUGAAGGCUCUCUUAAUGUAAUCUCAAAACAUUUUAAAGCAAGAGGGAAGCAAGUAAAUAGGAAGUAAACUUAGCCCUCAUAAAGUUGACCCAUUUGUUUGCCCCACUUGGUUGUUUUUAAACAUUUUUUUUCCAAUGGAAAUGUGUCCAGAUUUUUUUUUUCUGAAUGGCAUUAGUAUUGUAGUAGAUUUAAAGGCUAGCUUUUUGUAAAGUGUGAAUAAAAGAUGUAUCUCAUGUUUCCUUUCUAAAAUGA